UCAGUGGCCGAGCGGAGGGGUGGGGCGAGCCCUGCUUCUCCAGCUGCGCCGCGCACCUGGGCACCGGACGCAUCGAUGCUGGCGGCUGGGAGGAAGUCCCUGAACAGAGAUCUUGUUAUACAAGUUCACAGAAAAGACUGAAAUGUCAGAUUCCACAGCAUUUAAGAUGAGACUAGUUCAUUUGGACUUGAAAGGAGCUCCACCAAAGAUUUCAUACCUCUCAAAGAUCUUUCCUCUAUUCCGAGCUCUGGGUGCAAAUGGUCUCCUUAUUGAGUAUGAAGACAUGUUUCCCUACGAGGGCCACCUGAGGCUGCUGAGGGCCAAGCACGCAUACAGCCCCUCGGAAAUCACAGAGAUCCUGCGUCUGGCCAGAUGCAGUGAGCUGGAGGUCAUCCCCUUGGUGCAGACCUUUGGACACAUGGAGUUCGUGCUGAAGCACUCAGCAUUCGCGUGCCUCCGGGAAGUGGCUGUCUUCCCCAAUACCCUCAACCCUCACAAGGCAGAGUCCCUGGCACUGGUGAGCACCAUGAUUGACCAGGUCCUAGGGCUGCACAAAGGCGCCCGUUGGCUCCACAUCGGGUGUGAUGAGGUCUACUACCUAGGUGAAGGGGAGGCCUCUAAACAGUGGCUGCAGCAGGAGCAAAACAACCAGGCCAAGCUGUGUCUGUCCCACAUCCGCGCGGUAGCCAGCUACGUGCUGAGCCAACACCCCAGCACAAAACCCCUGGUGUGGGAUGAUAUGCUGCGGGACAUUCCUCAGGACCAGCUCUCAGCAUCCGGGGUGCCGCAGCUAGUGGAGCCUGUGCUCUGGGACUACAGUGCUGACCUAGACGUCCACGCCAAGGGCUGUCUCCACAGAGCCACUCACCCACCUGCUUUCCACCCAGUCCUCCUGAUGGAAAAGUACCGGGAGUGCGGCUUUCUGCAGCUUUGGGCAGCCAGUGCCUUCAAGGGGGCCACAGGGGCCAAUCAGGCCCUGCCCCCAGUUCAGCACCACCUCAGGAACCAUGCGCAAUGGCUACAGGUGGCAGGCAAUGGGCCAGCGGACACACUGCAGGGCAUCAUCCUGACUGGUUGGCAGAGGUACGACCACUUCUCUGUACUCUGUGAGCUGCUCCCUGUGGGAAUCCCGUCCCUGGCCGCCUGUCUGCAGUUGCUCCUCCAUGGAGGAUUUGCUGAGGAUGUGAAGUUGAGAGUGGAGAACUACCUCAGGGCUUCAAGCCCAGAAGUGUCAGAUGCUGUGAGUGAAGAAGCUGGCUCCUUCCCUGGCAGUGACGUUCAUGCCCUUGUCACACAAGUCAGCCUCCAUCUGGGCAGCUCUGUGGACUCGCUGCUGGAGAGGAACAGGUAUGUAACUGGUUGGUUCAGCCCCUACCAUCGCAGGCGGAAGCUCAUCCACCCAGUCAUGCUCCAGCACAUCCAGCCCGAGGCACUCAGCCUCCUGGGCAGGUGGGGCACGGUGGUACAGCAGCUGGAGAUGGCGCUGCAGUGUAUCUUCUACCCCGACGCUGUGGAGGAAUGGCUAGAGGAGAACGUGCAUCCCAGCAUGCAGCGGCUGCAGGGCCUGCUGCAGGACCUCACUGAGGCAGCCCUGCCCCCGCCUCUGCCUGCCAGCCCUGGCAGGGACACGGGUCAGAACCCCUAAGGGGGUCCUGCCAUGGGCUGGGGGCUGUGCUGUUGGCCUGAGUGGCGCAGGCUGAGGUGAGCUUUACAUCAGCGGCAUCCAGUGCAUUCUUCCCACUGCACCUGGACAGCGGCCCAGGCCACAUGAUGCAGGCACAACUUCUGAGCAACAUGGGAAACAUCAAAGCAAAAGGCACAUGGGACCUGUUUAUGAUGUGCACAUAGAACUUUAUUAAUUCAUCUGAAAUAAAAAUACUACAGGCUGCCAAAUCCCACUAACAAAAACUUUUUUUUUUUCCACUAACAAAAACUUGAAUCAGGUUUUUUGCCCAGCUCACUGGUUUGCAGUUGGCCUGUCCCUCACCCAGGCCUGAGCCCAGCCCCAGGAGCCCUGCAGGGUGGGCCAGGACAGCACCCUGCAGCCAGAGAAUGCUGUAGAGCAGCUGCUCCUCCCUCAACUGAAACAUUUUUAGAGUGCACAGAGACUGGAUGUGGUGGCACACAGCUGUAAU